AUGGAAGAACAAUUGUGGGCACACGCUUAUUGGAGUCUAUUAGAUGCGAAUUGGAAACGAGCAUUGCUUCCGUUGGAUCCAGGUGUCAUUGGGCCAUGCACAAAUCAUAACAUGAAUACGACCACAACCGCCGGCUUACCUCUGUCCACUCACGGACCAGUAUCUGUCCUGACUCCGACAAACAGCUUAAAUUCCAUGUUUAUGGAUUGCAAAAUGCCCUCAUGCACAUUUCGUCCAUACUCUGAUCGACCGAGUGCAAUCCGCGAGGACGUUGAAGACGCAGCCGAGGAAUUGGACCCGGAUGAAUUACGUUUUCCAAUGAAUGUGUCACGUGUGUGCACCCAGGUGGGGUUGACAUCAUCGAUACAUUGGAUUGAGGAGCGGAACAAGAAAUCGAAACCAUUUCGUUCUACUGGGUCCGGUCAUGGCACCAAAACAGGUCGAACAAUGCGAACACAGUCGGUCAAACCACCGUAUUCCUACAUCGCCCUGAUCACGAUGGCCAUACUACACUCACCGCAUCGACGUCUCACACUGGGUGGAAUCUGUGAUUUCAUUAUGGCCCGUUUCCCCUACUAUCGGGAACGUUUUCCUGCCUGGCAGAAUUCAAUUCGACACAAUUUAUCUCUAAACGAUUGCUUUAUCAAAAUACCCCGUGAACCAGGUAAUCCCGGUAAAGGCAACUAUUGGAUGCUUGAUCCGAACUCUGUGGAUAUGUUUGACAACGGGAGUUUUCUACGCAGACGAAAACGUUACAAACGUCUUCUGAACGAUCCCGUGCCAAACACGGGAAAUUCGAUCGGGAAACCUCUUAUACCAUAUUUAGAUCACACGCACCCCGCUCCACCAUUACCCGAUCAUUCCACAUCAUCUAUCGGUGACUGUACCGAACUACGAUCUGACACUCCUGACGGUGUUGACGGGAACACAUCAGUCCAUAUAUCGAACUACAACAGCCCAACUUAUGCGGACCAGCCGAAUUCAGGUCAUCCACAUACCGAUCCGGAUCGUUUGAACAUUCCUCGGGAACAGUCUACACCGAAGAUGCACCCACCAGAUUCUGCACAAUUUCAAACUUUUCCCAACUGGUCCACAUCCCAAAUCAAGUCAUGCAAUGCUGAUACCAUUCCCCUACCACCCCUUUUAAAUUUGAGCACCUCCGGCAUUCCGUCUGAAAAUGGACAUUCUCUCACAGAUCCGACAAAUGCAUUUACUCUACUCGUUCGAUCAUUCCUGGCCAGUGGUCAUUGCUUACUUAACUCAUGUACCGUGCCUGCAAGCCCGGCCGCCCUUGGAUUCGAUCGACCGGAAGAAUGUGUGAAGAUGAGCAAAUCCGGAUCUGGAAAUUCAUUUAACAUUGAUCGACUCCUAAGCUCUGAGGCAGCAACCGGCACUAAGCUAAUAACGCGAUCGACGGUGACAACUGUCAGUACAAACAGUGCGGAAAAACAAGUGUCAAGCUCCGGUUCCCGAUCCAAUAUUCCCGCGGGUUCAAUGUCCCAUGCCUCAGGCAUGUUGAUCACAUCCAGUCAUGUGGAUUCGAUGAAUUGUUUGCCAACAGAGAAUCCAGUGCUUGAUCCUCAAACGGUCGACGGGGGAACCGGUUUGUUUCUAUUGCGUAAGUCUGAUUCCAGUGCGAUGCGUAUUUCGCCACCUGAAUCGAAGGCGUUUGAAUCCUUUCUACGCUCCAUAUUUUCCUCUGGACAACCAAUCACUGCAGACACUAUGUACAGAAUUUGA